AUGCCCGCGUUACCAACGAGAACAACAGACGACGAUAAGACUCCUGACGAUGAUGAUGCUCGUAAUGAAAGAACGUCGUACGCUCGAAACAAAACGAUCGAUUUAAAGCGAGAAAACGUCUACGCGUUGGUACACAUUCGAGCGAGAAUGUCUUCGUCUUCUUCAACAAGAAUAAGAAAAAGAACGAGCGUGUUCGGCCAAUCGGAACAAAUGUUCACGGAGAUUUUACGAAACGCGCUGGAACUCGCGCGAGGUAAAGUCGGGGGAAAAGAGAUAACGGAUGCCAUGCGAGUGGUCCAUUUCGAGACGAAGAAGGAGAGCGAAGGAGAAUCCGCGAUAGGCGCGGUGCGAAUGAAGAGGAAGGAUUUGGAGUUGUUCGCGUCUGCGAUGAAAGAAUACGACGCGUUGUACAGAAAAAGAAAGACGAACGAUACUAAUACUAAUAAUAAUAGCACAGAAGAAGAGGAUAGUAUUGGUUUGCGGAUAGAAGUUUUGCGCGCGGCGAAUUCGUUGUUAGAUAUGGUCGGCGUCGAGAGCGAAAGAGAUAUGGUCGACGCGUUGCUGUUGAACGAAUAA